AUGCAAGAGGAGGUUGACGGCGUGUUCGAGAGCGCCAAGGUCGCGCAGAAGAAAUGGGCCAAGACGCCGCUGUGGAAGCGCGCCGAGCUGCUGCACAAGGCCGCUCACAUCCUUCGCGAACACAAGGACCCCAUCGCCGACUGCCUCGUUAAAGAAGUCGCCAAGGCCAGAAAGGAUUCCAUUACCGAGGUGCUGCGAUCAGCGGACUUCAUAUCGUACUGUGCGGAGGAGGGCGUGCGGCUGCUGGCUGAGGGCAAGUUCCUCACGGGCGACAGCUUCCCUGGCAACGACCGCACCAAGCUCUGCAUGGCCUCCAAGGUGCCGCUGGGAGUGGUGCUGUGCAUCCCGCCCUUCAACUACCCUGUCAACCUCGCUGUCUCCAAGAUCGCUCCUGCCCUCAUUGCAGGCAACGCCGUCGUGCUCAAGCCUCCCACUCAGGGCGCGGUGGCAGGGCUGCACAUGGUGCGGUGCUUCCAGGAGGCGGGGUUCCCCAAGGGGCUCAUCAGCGCCGUCACUGGCAAGGGGUCUGACAUUGGGGACUUCCUCACCAUGCACCCCGCUGUUGACUGCAUCACCUUCACAGGCGGCGACACGGGAAUAUCCAUCUGUCGCAAGGCGGGCAUGGUGCCGGUGCAGAUGGAGCUGGGCGGCAAGGAUGCCUGCAUUGUGCUGCCCGAUGCUGACCUCGACCUCGCUGCUGCUAACAUCGUCAAAGGCGGCUUCUCCUACAGCGGCCAGCGGUGCACAGCGGUGAAGGUGGUGCUGGUGAUGGAGGACGUGGCAGACGCGCUGGUGGAGCGGGUGAAUGCCAGGCUGGCGAAGCUGACGGUGGGGCGGCCGGAGGACGAUGCUGACAUCACCCCCGUGGUCAGCGAGUCCAGUGCCAACUUCAUAGAGGGGCUCGUGCUGGAUGCCAAGGAUAAGGGCGCGCUCUUCUGCCAGGAGUACAAGCGUGAGGGCAACCUCAUCUGGCCACUCCUUAUCGACCACGUGCGGCCGGACAUGCGGCUGGCAUGGGAGGAGCCGUUUGGCCCCGUUGUGCCGGUGAUCCGCAUCACCACGGUGGAGGAGGGCGUGCAUCAUUGCAAUGCCAGCACAUUCGCCCUGCAGGGAUGUGUGUUCACGAGGGACAUCAACAAGGCCAUCAUGAUUGCAGACGCCAUGGAGACCGGCACAGUGCAGAUCAACGCAGCGCCUGCCAGAGGGCCCGACCACUUCCCCUUCCAGGGCUCGGUGACUUCCCUUUCCAGUGCGCUCACCAUUGCUCGUUCAUCUUCCCCACUUCACCUCCCCACUGCACCUCCCCUUCUGUUGACCCCUUUUCACACUGCAUCCAUCUGUCCCUCUUUCCUCCUGCCCUUCCCUUUCCUUCAGGGUUUCCGGGAGAGUGGCAUAGGAUCACAGGGUGUCACCAACAGCAUUCUCAUGAUGACCAAAGUCAAAUCAACGGUCAUCAACCUCCCUGCUCCAUCCUAUGCGAUGGCCUAG